UGUCAGGAUAGAUUGAAGAGCUACCCCCACAGGCUAAGUCAUCUGGGAAGCGAUAACCUAACUCCCCCCAUCGAACACUCGAUAAACCAACAAAAUUUGUCAAAUUAUAUAAUAUCUUGUCUUAAAAAGGUGAAAUUGAAAGACAAAUCAAACUUCUGAAUAUCCUCAGGUUGUUCAUAUCAACUCAAAAUGUCAUUUUGGUAUCAACUAUUACAAACUCGAGAGACUUUGACGAUAGCUACUUUCAGAUAAGAUUCUGGCCGGAAAACCUAAGGAUAACAUCUUAGCUUGGCAAACAAGUUAGUAAAAGAGACGGGAAAACCGGUGACAUUAUUCUUUUCGGUAUAUAAUACCGUUCGAUUUGGUUAUCCAUGUGACGGCUUUAAUGUUCAGUUGGUCAACAGGUUUCUAGUUCCCGUUUAUGGGCUACGUGACGUUUUCUAUUUUAUGUUAUUGUUACCGGCUUACCGCCAAGCGUGUCUACUAUCUAACGUCUACACGUCACCAGGUUUUUUAAUCGUAGCAAAUACGUGCCAUCCUCGCUCAUUUCACGAAAUUCGUAUUAUAUAAAAUCACCAAUGAUCAUGACCUACAUAAUUAUAAUUUUAUUUAUUCAAAAUAAAGUCAAAUAUUAAAAUUUAAAAUCCUUUUUAGUAUAAAUUGAAAAUAUUUUAUCAAUAUAUUCAAUUAUUUGCUAACUAUGUUUUAUCAAUCACAAUCGAAAAUUUUAAUUAAAUAAUUAAGAAGUUUACAUAAGUUUAUUAUUUUUCAAAACUACAAGAAGCAAGCUUAUUAAAUAUUUAAAAACUUUAUACGAUAUAUUAAGUAUAUAUUAUAUUAUUUCUAAAAAUCUUUUUACAAUAUUAUAUACUUUUUAACAUAUUUUUAAGUUUUAUGUAUAUUUUACAUAUUUUCCUUUUAUAUUUUUAUUUGUGUAUUUGUGACACAUGUUAAGGUAACGUACGUGUAUCACACUAAUUUAUAGGUUUAGAAAUUAUAAUUUUUGUUUUAUUUUUUUUGUCGAUUUCUUCGCACAUUCAAAAAUAUUUAAAUUUUAUAUAUUUUCUAAAUAAGAAAACCAUCAAUUAUACAUCUAAUCACAUUUUAACCAAUAGUAAAAUAAAUUGGAAAAUAUAAAAAUUUAUAGAUCAUAUAAAGUUGAUGAUAUUUUACAUUAAAAUUUUAAAUCGACACUCAGUUUAUAACGAAAAUUUUACUCCAGGCAAUUAAGCUGAAGCGGAGAGAUUAUCGUAUAAAAGUCAACUUUAAUCGGUAUGAAAUCACGAUUAAUUUUAUGAUGAUAUUUCUUUCCAGUAAUGAUAGUAAAAUUAGGCACAUAUAUGGUACUAUUAUAAUAUUCACUAUGAAUUUGAUUUCGUGCCAAAUUGAAAAGUGAUUAUUACAUUAAUUUUGGAUGUUUGACCAGUGUUGUUGUGCAAUUAUUACGGUGAGAUUCAGCCAAAUUGUGCCAUUACAUUAAGGAAGUUUUUUAUUUCUUUCCCAAUGAGCUUUCUUAAAAUAAAUAACCAAUGCUGCAUCGACACAAAAUCCACCUCCUUUUUCAUAGGAUGAGUAAUUAUUAUUAUUUAUUAAAAAGUGCCAAAAUCAGUUACAUUUUCUCCAUUUCUUAUAGAAAACCUUGAAUCUCAUCAUCACCUGGAGGAGAAGAAAGACGGUGGUGUAGUUUUCUUUCUUUCUUGAAAGCCCUAAAUCUUUCUUUGUUAUCAAUAAAAGAUGGGAGAUAACAAACACAAAGAUCAAAGGCCACUUUCGUUUGACAAAUCUAGUAAACCCAUUUUUUCAUUUUACUUGUCAUCUUCAUCACCAUGCUCUUUUACGGCCAUCAUCAUCCUCCUCAUCUUCUUCUCAUAUUUUUUAUACUCAUUCAGUUUCAUCACAUUUUUACACCCUUACUCUCCUUCUAGAAUCUCCAACUCUCUCCUUGUACCUGUUAUGCGCCUCGGAUCCGGUCAACAACCCGACGAAAAGACAGAGCUUAAACACAUCGUGUUCGGGAUCGCCGCGUCCUCCAGUCUGUGGAAGCGUCGGAGCGAAUACGUGAAAACGUGGUGGAGACCAAACGGAGAGAUGAAAGGUUUUGUCUGGCUAGACAAACCCGUAAACGACACCGUUUCGUCCUUCCCCUCCUGGGCCUUCCCUGAGAUCAAAAUCUCUUCGGACACGUCGAGUUUUAAGUACCGUUAUCGUAGCGGUCACAGGUCAGCCAUAAGGAUCACAAGAAUCGUGUCGGAGACGGUGAGAAUGUUAAACGGAACUGAACACGAGAAACACGUUAGGUGGGUUGUGAUGGGUGACGACGACACUGUGUUUUUCGCUGAGAAUCUGCUAAGGGUUUUGAGGAAAUACGAUCAUAAGCAGUUUUAUUACAUCGGAGCUCCCUCAGAGAGUCAUUUGCAAAAUUUGCAUCAGUUCUCAUACGGAAUGGCUUAUGGAGGAGGUGGUUUCGCGAUAAGCUAUCCGUUGGCAAAGGCGUUGGAGAAGAUACAAGAUCGGUGUAUUGAGAGAUACUCUGAUCUCUAUGGUUCUGAUGAUCGGAUUCAUGCUUGCAUGGCCGAGAUUGGUGUUCCUCUCACCAGAGAAGCUGGCUUUCAUCAGUUUGAUGUGUACGGGAAUCUCUUGGGUCUUUUAUCAGUUCAUCCACAAGUGCCAAUAGUCUCGAUCCACCACCUAGACGUAGUAGAGCCUAUAUUCCCAAGAACAAACCGAGUCAAUGCCGUAAAGAGACUCAUGAUCCCAGCAAAGCUUGAUUCAGCUAGCCUCGUCCAACAGUCCAUAUGCUACGACACAACCCGUCAGUGGACAAUGUCUAUCUCGUGGGGAUACACAGUCCAUGUCACACGUACUUAUAUGCCAGCAAGGAUGAUGGAAGUGCCCACUCGCACAUUCAACGACUGGCACAAACGCCACGAUUUCACCAAUGUUGCUUUCAACACACGUCCUGUAACAUACACUGAUUGUCAGCGUCCCCGAGUGUUUUACUUGUCUCGUGCGCUCAAUGAUUCUUCUUCGGGCACAACGAUAAGCGAGUAUUUGAGGCACAAUGAAUGGAAUCCUAAAUGUGAGUGGGGAAUACAAGAUCCUUCUGAUAUCAAUCGUAUCUUCGUCUACAAAAAGCCUAACCCUGAUAGGUGGACUAAGGUACGUACACACUCAUUUUUGCUUUUGUUCAAUUUACUAUGUAUGAAAAUUUAUUCCAUAGUUUACAAGCUAUAUGUAAAUGUCAAUGCUUAUAGGCUCCACGGAGAGAUUGUUGUCGGUUAUUGCCUACAACGAAGAAGGGAACUAUGGUGAUCAAUGUGACAGCUUGUGAAAAUGACGAAAUUGUUGCUUAUUCUGAUAAGUAGUUCAUCUGUUACUUCACAUGGCUUAUAAGAACAACUUGUUUUCUUAUGAGAAAUUCUUUAGCUUGUUUGUUUACUGUAUUGACAUUGUAUACUUACAAAAUAAACUUUAAAAGAAUUAUCGAACUUUCUUCUUCUAUUUUUGUGUGUUAACGAUUGUAUUAAAAUGUUUAUGUAUCUUGCAAUUACUCAAAAAAUGUUUGUCAAUAUAUAUUUUUUCUAUAAGAAACAGUUAUCAAAUAUUUUCUUAAAACUAAAAUUUUAAAUCCAGUACUGAAAAGAGUUAAUAUUAAAGUACAAAAUUUAGAAUAUUUUUGAAGACUAAGGAGGGGGGGGGGGGGGGGGGGGGGGGUUAUUGGGCAAAGAAUUCUAGAGGAAUUAUUAAAUUUUGAGAUUCCAUUAUUAUUGGUUUGUGAAUUUUUAAAAUCUAAAUAGAAUCCAUUGUUAUUGGGGUGAUGAUUUUUAAAUACCACUCAAAAUCCUUUAUUAUUGAAAUAGUUUAGUUUUCAUUGAUUUUAAGAUUCUAUUAAAAUCUAUUGUUAUUGGGAUGUAAAUUUUCUUUGUUUUUACUCAUAGUACUCAAUUUUGAGAAUAUCAUCUAUACCCAUAAGAUUUUUGAAAUCAAUGUAAUAAAAUACACUCACAUACAAAAACUCAAAUUGAAGAAUGAAAUAAUAUACAAAUCACAACUUUAACGUAAUACAAUUCACAACUUAA